AUGUCCGCAAAUGCAGCUCACCUGCCAGGUUAUUCUAAUUCAGCAUCUGGCACACUGGGUCACUGCUCGCCUUCACAUAAUCAACGACUCGCGCCACUUUACUCUAACCAACCAUCUUUACAUCAGCAACAUCUUCAGAACAACCAUCCGCUCUACUCACCUAUUGCUCCCGGCCACUACGCUACUCACCCAGCUCCUGGGUUGGGCCAAUCGCAAGCUUCUGGCACGUCUUCUGCCGAUGCAUUGCCAUCCAUUGUGCAUUAUCACUUGUCGGCACGUCAAACAUCGGGUUAUCGGGCUGCAGGGAUGAAUGUACAUCAGAACCAAUCACAACAGUUGCUGCAGCAACACCAGCAGCAACAAGCAGCAAUGUUCCAAGCUCAGGGUCCGAUUCAGCUUCAUGUCCAGCAGCAGCAGCGCCAACAAAAGACAUCAGGGGCGCUUGUGGCAGCACGCACCAUGGCUAGUGUGUUCGCGGCUGCGGCUGCAGCCGCUAAUGUCACCGGUGUUGCCAGCACUGACGAUUUAGCUGUCCCAAAGAGCCAUCUUCCCUCACAUCCGCAGAUACCUCAGACUCAACUCGCGCCACAAUCUGGAAGACAACAGGCCCCCACUAUCCUAAUUGAGGCGGCAUCUGAAGCUGCUGGCUCAAUGCCGGUUCCAGUUUCAAUGUCUAUUCAGGUUCCAGUCUCACUUAAUGUGUCUGUUCCUGCAGUGGUGCCUCAAGCAAACUCUUCCACCUGUAGUAAUUCAUAUGGACAGCCCCCGCAUCAGCAAGAGACAGCAAAUGUGCUAGCAAGCACACUUCGCCAUAUGUUUGGCAGUGGCACUGUCGAAGCAACAGCUUCCUCUGCUCAAGAGCUUGCUGUAGCCAAUCACUUGCUCUCUGGGAUUCAGCACUCAGUCCUUCCUGCCGCUCAGCAACAACACCAACACUAUUUCCAACAGGUAGGUGGGCAGCUUCAACCACAGAAGCAAAAUCCACCAUCGCAGCAUCCUUUUCAUCCUCAACAUCAUCCACAACCACAACUUCAGAAACAACAGCACCAUCUUCAUCUCUCUAACAAUCAGUCUCAGUCGCUGGCACAAAUACCAACUCUAGGGAGUGGACAACACCAGAUACUCUCUCACCAGCCCCCAAUGAACCAAGCCAUGGCAGCAAUGGUUGCUGCGCAACAGGUAAUUUCUGCGUUAUCUGCCAAGUACACUAUUUUUUAA